CUGGUUUUCAUAUAGUAAAGGCUCCUUCCUGUCCAAGGAGAGUGCCCCCUUCCUUCCCCACGCGUGUCUGCGCUCAGUCUUCUCAUGUCGGACCGUACUGGAACCUCUCCCAUAAAGAUGCUGAAUGCAAGGAAUAGGAACAAGUAAAAAGAGAAUAGUUGUGGCCUGGCUAUUACUGUAAUGAAAUCUCUGAUGUUUUUGAAGUUCCUGAAACAGUUGGGUAUACAUCCUGACUGGCAAUUUGUAGAUGUUUAUGGCAUGGAACCAGAACUGCUUAGCAUGGUGCCAAGACCUGUAUGUGCAGUACUACUUCUCUUUCCAAUAACAGAAAAGUAUGAAACCUUCAGAACAGAAGAAGAAGAGAGGAUAAAAGCUAAGGGACAAGAUGUCAAAUCAUCAGUGUAUUUUAUGAAGCAGACCAUUAACAAUGCUUGUGGAACAAUUGGGCUAAUUCAUGCUAUUGCAAACAACAGAGAUAAAAUGAACUUUGAAACUAAUUCUUCACUGAAAAAGUUCCUAGAAGAUUCAUUAUCUAUGACUCCUGAAGAGAGGGCCAAAUACCUAGAAACUUAUGAAGCUAUUCGUGUCACUCAUGAAUCCAGUGCCCAUGAAGGUCAGACUGAGGCACCAAGUAUAGAUGAAAAAGUAGAUCUUCACUUUAUUGCUUUAGUUAAUGUAGGUGGUCAUCUCUAUGAAUUGGAUGGGCGCAAGCCAUUUCCAAUAAACCAUGGGGAAACAAGCGACGAUUCUUUUUUAGAGGAUGCAAUAGAAGUUUGCAAGAAAUUCAUGGAACGUGACCCAGAAGAAUUAAGAUUUAAUGCAAUUGCACUGUCUGCAGCUUAAAAGCCUUUUCCAGUGAGGCAACUCUAUUGCAAUGUAUUGUAAGAAUAAAACUGUUGCCAUAUGUUAAUAGUACAAAUUUUGAUACUUCCCUAACAUCUUGACUAAUUGUAGUAUACGUGGAAUAAACUCUGCAUUUGUCCUUGCUAUAUUUUGCUGCUUGUUCCUACAGCAAUUUUGGGUAUUUCUAUAAAGGCAUGCAUUUUGUGCAAGAUUUCUAUGUGGUGGGUUUUUUCCCUUCCAUCCUCUUAAAAGUUUUGGGAAUUACUGUCUGUGAGAUUUCCUCGUAAUAAUGAUGAGCAAUUUCAGAGCAGGAUUAUCAUUUGUGUCAUGCACACGUAACAUUCUGAGUGGAGUAUGUGGUAUGGUAAUGGCUGAAAACUUGGAGUAUGAGGCUGUGCCCAUCUUUUAUUUAUAAUGGUGCAAGAAUAUUAUAAGAACUUCUUCAGGUGACUCAAGUGACAAAAACAUUUUUUCAUUGCAUUAUUUAUAAAUAAAUAUAUGGAUGAAAAUAGGCAGAAAAAGGACUUUUCUUACUGUUGGUGAGCACUAACAUUUUAAAAUUAUCUUAAUGUUUACAUUUUGAAUAAAACUUCACUUUGUUUCUCAAAUCUAACAAUGUUAAUAAAUUGUCAAAAAACUUUAGUUAAACCAGUGUUCGCUAUUUGUAUAUGUGGAAAAAUGAUGUGGAUUUUUUUCCCCCAAAAAGGCACAUUAAAUAAUUCAAAUGGUGGAACUGUGGAGGGCACACACAGGUGAAUACAGCAGUGUGAAGUACCUCACCUAAGUGAAAUAAAUGAUAGAUAAAUGAU